GAAAGAUAUUCAAACGGGUCAGCCAAGGUGGUCGAAAGCUGCCUCAAGGAAAAUCAAAUAAUUAAAAUGGCGAAAUUAUUAUUUAUAAGGAGAAAUAUUAAGAAAAUUUUGUUGGUAGCAGUUCCUAUCCUUUUGCUGCCGAUUCCAAUUGCACUGCAGUCAAAGCAAGGGAACUGUGCCUAUGGCCUCCUGUUGAUGGCGGUAUUUUGGAUCUCGGAGGCCCUACCGCUGGCCGUGACCGCCAUGUUACCCGUAUUCGUGUUUCCUUUGCUGGGGGUCAGCAAGGUCAAAACUAUGACCAGUUUAUACUACAAUCAUAUCACCUUUGUCUUAAUCGGAGGCCUAAGUGUUGCCAUUGCAGUUGAAAAGUGGAACGUACAUAGGCGGAUAGCACUCAAACUGCUCCUUCUCAUGGGAUCACAACCCAAAUGGUUGAUGUUAGGGUUUAUGUUAAUCACGUGUUUCCUGUCAAUGUGGAUGAGCAACACCGCAACAACGUCCAUGAUGAUCCCUAUAGCACAAGCAGUCCUUGUACAACUUAUCAAAACCAAAAAAAGAAAUACGUCAUUGAUGAAUCAAGAAUUUGAAGUUACAGUAGACAUGCCUUAUAAUAAUGAGAAAGAGAGAGAGGAAAUUCAAAAUGGAACUGAAAUCAACAAUCUCCAAAUAUCCAAGAAAUCCAAUGACAAACUAGAGGUUGUAGAAGUUAAAAGAAAACUGGAGAAUGAAGAAGACUAUGAAAAUUUCAAUUUUGACACUCUGGAUCCCGCGUCUAAGAAAUUUUGCAAAGUGUUUUGUCUGUGUAUCUGUUAUGCAGCAAACUGUGGAGGAAUCGGAACUCUAACAGGAACCGGUCCAAAUCUGGUUAUGAAGGGGCAGGCUGACAUGAUGGCAGGUGGAGAAUCUGUGAUAACUUUCACUUCCUGGUUUAUUUUUGGGUUUCCUAUAGCUGUAGUCAACUGUAUCAUAGCGUGGCUAGUGCUUCAGAUAGCCUUCUUUGGAGUGACAUCACUUUUAUGUACAGGCCAGAAAGACGAUUCGAAUACUGUUCAGGAAGCUAUUAGAAAGGAAUGCCAGAAGCUAGGACAAAUAACAUUCGCAGAGAAAGCAGUACUCGUCCAUUUUGUUGUACUGAUAAUUUUAUGGUUUUCUCGUAAUCCAGAAUUCGCUCCGGGAUGGGGUUCUUUUUUCAAAGAUGGUUACCUCGGAGAUUCCGUGCCAGCCAUUAUAGUUAUGGUCAGCUUGUUCACAUUUCCGAGCAGACGUAUGGUCAAAGAUGAUCCAAUGGAUAACGUCAAGGAAAUCCCGCCAUUAUUAGACUGGAAAACUGUCUCAGCGCGCAUGCCUUGGAACGUUGCACUUCUGUUAGGUGGCGGAUUUGCUCUAGCAAAAGCCUGCACAGAGUCCGGAUUAUCUGUUUGGCUGGCCAGUCAGAUGUCUGCGUUUAGAGACAUUGAUUCCUGGUCAAUGAUUUUUGUCAUCUGUUUAAUAGCCUCGUUUGCUACGGAAGUCACAAGUAACACCGCCAUCUGCACACUGCUUCUUCCUAUCCUGGCAGAACUCGCCAUAGGAAUGCAUUUAAACCCCAUAUACAUUAUGUUACCAGCUACAAUAUCAACAUCUUUCGCCUAUAUGUUGCCAGUUGCCACACCCCCAAACACCAUUGCCUUUUCCUAUGGUUAUCUAAAAGUGAUUGAUAUGGUCAAAAUUGGAUUCAUAUUAAAUCUGCUUUGUGUUGGCGUUGUGACUAUAGCCAUAAAUACCUAUGGCAUUACGUUCUUUCAACUGGACGAGUUUCCGGAAUGGGCUGACAAAUUCCUGAAGACGUCAACUGAAAUGAACUCUUUAAAAGAUAAUACGACCAUUGUCUAUACAGACGGGGUCAUUUAUAACUUCUCUCUUCCUUUACCAUAAAGAAAAUAAAUAAAAUGCGAUUUAUUUACAAUACGAAA